CCUCGUGUCCUCCACCCUGAGGACCACCAGGCCUCGUGUCCCACUCUGAGGACCACCGGGCCUCGUGUCCUCCACCCUGAGGACCACCGGGCCUCAUGUCCUCUUUCAUGAAAAUUACUGUGAAUUUAUGGUUUUCGUCCUUUAUUUGAAUUUCUGGCCAUUUGGAUUGAGCUCUAUAAUUGCCGGUAAUAUAUUUGCGGUUUACGAUCUGGAGACCAUCUAUAAACUGGGAGAGUUCGUGUUGGUGGUUUUUGUCGGACUCCUCAUCCACGGGUGCGUCGCUCUCCCGGCCAUGUACUACCUCCUGGUGAGACGGAACCCAGGGCGUUCUCCCUGCCUUAUGGACUGCUCUGAUGAUCUCCAGAUGUUCCACCCGUAGUCAGAAGAGAGACCCUCAGGCGACCCCCAGGAGACCCUCAGGCGACCCCCAGGAGACCCCCAGGAGACCCUCAGGACCCCCUCAGGAGACCCCCGGAGCCAGCCGGCUGGAGGUGACCUUGGACUCACCUGCAGUGGAUGACGAUCGGGCCGCUGAAGAAGUUCUUGAAGGCGUUGACACGCCUCCUCAGCUUCAGGAGGAGGUGCGGCUCCCCGGGGACGCCGUGGUCCGGCCAGCUCAUGAACUGGAUGUGGGUCACCUCCCUCUCAGAGCUCUUCUCCUUCUUCUGCAGAAACACACACAAAGACACGUCCUCAUGUCCUCGUGUCCUCCACCCUGAGGACCACCGGGCCUCAUGUCCUCCACCCUGAGGACCACCAGGCCUCGUGUCCUCCACCCUGAGGACCACCAGGCCUCGUGUCCUCCACCCUGAGGACCACCAGGCCUCAUGUCCUCCACCCUGAGGACCACCAGG